GGCUCAGCGGGACGGCAGCCGCGCACCUCCGCUCGCCUCGCCUCGUCACAUCGGAGUCUUCAACGGGGCUCAGGAGACUUCACAGCCAAGUCACAGCGGCCCGAAGGUGCUGGGGAUGAAGCUGGGGCUCACCUGCCUCCUGUGGCUGCUGCUCGUCUGCCUGACCCUGCCCGCCGCCCGCGGCCGCGUUCUCGAGCGCUCCAUGGAGAUCAGGAACCCGGACAUCGACCCCUCGUGGUACACGGGCCGCGGGAUCCGGCCGGUGGGGCGCUUUGGGAGGCGACAAGCCCUGGGCGGGGGCGGCCGCGGCGGCGGGCGCGGGCAGCCAGCCCACCCGCACCCCCACCCUCCCCGGCGGGAGCUGAACCCCUGA